CAACAGCUACAAACUCCCACCUACUCCCUCCCACGCAGACCGGGGACCCCAACCCCAACUUUCCAACCGCGGGCCCCGUUAACUCCCAACCCCCACCCCCCAACUCCCGCCCUGCCUACUCUCCCCACCCGCGCCCAUUCCGCGAUGGCGUUCCCACCGGCGAGCACCUUACCCGCGUCUCCGCCACCUUUCCAGAGGGCUUGUCCGCCUCCCUACACGGCCAGCCCGCCAACCUCACACCCAACACCACAAUCCCCACUGGUGUUUCGGCCUGUGCCCCGCCCGACGUCUGAUGUCCAAUAUUUAAAGGACUGGUCCUGGUCUCCACCGCCACCGCCGCCACCGCCGCCGCCACCACCGCCACGACCGCCACCAUUGCCGCCACGACCGCCUUCACCGCCGCCCUCGCCGCCACCUUCGCCACCGCCCAGCCCGCCUUCGCCUCCACCCCCAAGGCCGCCUCCCCCUCCGCCGCCGCUGCCACCAUCUCCGCCACCUCCGCUCCCGCCACCACCGUUGCCGCCUGCGCCGCCUGCGCCGCCACCGUACGACGCCUCGACGCUUCUGCUCCUCGGCCCUGACGCCGGCAGCUGCCCGACCACUUCUGCAGGACCUACGGUGCUCCUUAAUUCGUCCAGUACGGCACUUGCAGCGCAGUCGUACACUCGGGGAACUCCAAAUGGCACGCUGGCAGCAUCGGUGGUUGGCAGUCCUGUAUUCUUGGCUACUCUGGGGUCCGCGGGGCAGGUGUGA